GUUCAGAUCAGCUGCAGUCUUGGGAGAGUCAGGAGGACCGAUUACGGAUGUGGACACUUUUGAUGAAACCUGAAGGUUUUUUUCCCAUUAAAACCAAAGAAAAAGCACUCUCUCUGACCUGGUGAUGUAUUUUUGUGUUUUCUUUGUGCUGGGAGUGCUUUCGUCAAAAGGUUGUUUCUCUGCAAAUCCUACGCCUGAGCAGAUUUUGGCCUUUGCCGGUGGGAACGCCAUCCUGCCCUGCAGUCUGAAAACCCCCAGCAGCGAUGAAGUGCCAACGGUGGAGUGGUCCAAGGAAGGCCUGCAGCCGAACGUGGUCUUCUUGUACCGCAACGGCUUUGAGACCUUCGAGAUGAAGAAUGUGGCCUUUGAGUUCCGGACUAACCUGUUCAUGAGAGAGGUGACGAACGGGAACGUCUCGCUGAGGAUCUCCAGCGUGAGGCUGUCGGAUGCUGGGAUCUACCGAUGUUUGAUUCUCCACGUGAACCAGAGGAGGGAGACUACAGAAGUGCAGCUGGUUGUUGCGACUGUGUCUGACCCGAAGCUUUCCAUGGAAUAUGAUGAAAACCAGAGAGUGACGGUGACCUGUGAGGCGACCUGCUGGCUGCCAGCCCCACAGAUGGUGAUUGUGGACGAAAACGAGAACAACAUCACUGAUAGCGUGGAGAUAAGAGGAGGGGGAACCACGGAGUGUUACACAGUGUGGCAACGAGCCACAGUGCAAAGUCAUACAAACAGAGUUGUCUGCAGAGUCGAGCAGCCGCAGACGAACCAGAGCAGGACGACAGAGAUCCUCCUUUCAGGUCACUGGUUGAGGUCCGACUUCCACAUUACCGUCAUCUCUGUUGAAGUGACUUUAUUUUGCCUUUUCGGGCUGUUCGUCUUGUGCAUCUGGUGUGCAUGCUCCAUAUAUGCUGAGCGGACACGGCCAAGGCCAAGGAUUGUGCUGGACCAAGAAUUAACGGGUGUCACCAGUGAAACCACACCGUUCCUGAAUCCACAAAGUAAUGCUGACGGGGCGGACAAUACAGCAAAUAGGACCAUUGAGAAUCUGCAAAAACAGGUGGCCCAUCUCAGGUCAGAGAACUGGAAGAAAGAUGAGAUUAUCCUGAAAUUGUUUGUGAAAAUCACAUCCAAGAAUGCUGUCACACGACACGACUGUCCGCGGAGAUCCCGAGAAUCCACGCUGGAUUACCCACAAUACCUCAGAUCUUCAGAUGACAACAUGGAGACCGGAGAGUUACCCACUGAUCCUGUGACAGAACAAGGUGCUUUAAAACAUUCAAAGCCAGGUAACAUUUCCAAAAGGAACGGUCAAAAACACGGGGACCAAAAUGGGAGCAGCCGUCUUGGUCCUGGCCGGACAAAACCCAGAACUUGCCGCCUUAACAGCAGUCCAGCUGGGCUUAUUUCCUCUUCCUCAGCAGCUGAAGCCUCCAGGAAUGAGAACAAUUAUUCCAGCCCCAGAUGGGAUUCCCAGACCAACCCUGGUGAGAACAACCACCUGGUUCGACGCAGACACUCCUUAGGGCUUGUUCCGUCUUUUGUGUCCAAACACGGUUACGUUCCUCUGCCUAAUUUAUUAGAGCAUUGAAAACAUGCCACCUAAGCUCAAAAGGUACACAAAUUCUUUAACAUUGAAAUUUGAGAUGCCGUUUUUUUUGGGGUUUUUUUGUCCUAUGUUUUUACAACCAACUCAACUUUGAGUCAGAUUAUUGGGGAAGUAAUCUAUCCAUUUUCUAUAGCAGGGUUUGCGUGGGGGUUGGGGGGCUGGUGCAUAUCACCAGCGGUCAAUGGCUCCAUUGACCAGGUCAUCUUUUUUAUGUAUACUGCUGCCCUCAGUCCACUGCAGUGUUUCCAGGUACAAUAAGUUAUUUUUUUUCCUGUUUUUUUUCUGAUGUUUUGCUCACAUUUCCUGUAGCGCUCUUACAGGCCUGCUGUCUGAAGAAGCUGUUUAUGUAUAUGUGCCACAACAGCUUUGCACUGCAAGAAAGGAUAACUAGAGAGUUCAUCCUAAUUUAUUAUUGAUUUGAAUAAAUCAUGGUGUCGUCUGUCAUCAGACAGGUUGCAUUAAUGAAAUAUAAGGCUGUUUUUGUCAGACCUUCAUUCUUUGGGAUUAUUGUUAUUUGUAUACCCUACCCAACCCUGCAGUCACGUCCUUCAUUGCUGGUCAGAUCUGUGAUCCAGUUACGCUGGUAAGUUCUCGGUUUCAGAGCUUCGCUGCACCCAGCCCCAAGUUUUUUGCAGUGGGGCUCCCUGCAAUUUUCUCUUUUUCUCUCACUAAAGGUGAGCACAUUCCUGUAACUGGUCUGUACUUGUAUGGUGCUUUUAUGAAGUCUUGAGGACCCCACAGCUCUUCACACUACAUCCAGUCACCCACACGCUGGCGGUGAAUGCAGACGGACUGAAGCGAGGCCGCCAUGCAGCGACGCCAGGCCCUCUGACCACCGCAAAGCACCGGCUGAGAUGGUUUGGUCCGGGGUUUGAACCGCUCCUGUGCCACUGUCGCCCCCCUCCAAAGCUGUUACAAUUAAUGCUUUUCUUGUUUUAGAUGGGUAUGUCUUUAAUUUAGUUGAAAGUUAAUAUUUUUUUAUGUCAAAUGUUACAAAUGUUUGUUUAUUCAGAAAAGACCAUAAUUGUAACCGCUGAUCAGGUAAUUCAGUUCUAUUUAUAUAACCCUAAAUUAUUUUCAAGGGAGCUACGUUAAUGGGGAGUUUUCAUCUCCACUGUCGCUUCAUGCAUGCUCAGUAUGAGGGAUUGCUG